AUGGUGGCAGCACACUCUCUAGCCCUGAAUUCGAGGGAUUUGACAAAGUUCUACAUCAAUGGCUCCUACGUCGAGCCUAUAUCGAAGGAUACAUAUAUACUUCGAAAUCCCAAGGACAACAGCGUCGUCGCAGACGCGGUACCGGUCGGGGGCUCUGAAGAUGUAGAUCUUGCGGUGUCAGCAGCACAAGCAGCAUUCAAAGGACCAUGGAGCACAUUUACAGCGGCGCAACGCUCAGAAUGUCUACGCCGCCUUGCCGAUAUCCUGGAAGAGAAGAUGGUUGAUAUUUUGACUCUGGAUUCGCUAACUACUGGAAAUCCUGUGUCUCUGAUCCCGUCACGGGAGAAGAACUACAUAAAAGCUAAUUUACUUUACUAUGCUGGUUGGACCGACAAGCAGAAAGGUGAUUAUUACCCUGCAGACGAUGGAUUCGUUAAGCUAGUUCGUCAUGAACCUCUCGGUGUCUGCGUAGGCAUCAAUCCCUACAAUUCACCUGUGGCUUCAUUCAUCAUCAAAGCGGCACCAUGCCUAGCUACUGGCAACGUGUUGAUCAUAAAACCAUCAGAGAAGAGUCCUUUCGGAUCAUUAGCAUUAGCGCCACUUUUCGAGGAAGCUGGAUUCCCCAAAGGUGUUGUACAAGUCGUUUGUGGCGAUGGUAGGACAGGGGCAAUAUUUGCAAAGCACAUGCAUGUGAGAAAAAUCAGUUUUACAGGCAGUAUAGCUACAGGCAAGAAGAUCCAGAUCGCAGCAGCUGAGAGUAAUCUGAAGAGGGUGACUCUGGAACUUGGUGGUAAAAGCCCCGCGGUCAUAUUCGAAGAUGCAAAUCUCGACAAUGCCCUUACCUGGACUAUCAAUGGUAUCCUAGCCCGUUCAGGGCAGGUUUGCGUUGCAGCAUCUCGGGUAUAUGUUCACCGAUCUAUCGCAGAUAAAUUUAUCGAGGCAUAUACGCAGAGAAUGAAAGACGCUGCAUCAAGUCUCGGUGACCCACAAGACCCUGACACGGUGUUGGGGCCAUUGGCAGAUGCCACAAGCUUCGAAAGAGUCCAGAGAAUGAUUGAAAAGGGCAAGACAGAAGCAGAGCUCGUUGUCGGAGGCGUCCAGCAUGGUCCCAGUGGUUGCUUUAUGGAACCGGCAGUAUUUCUAAAUCCACAUCCCAAUGCCGAAAUCUACAAGAACGAAGUGUUCGGUCCUGUGGCAGUCAUAAAAACAUUUGACACCGAGGAAGAAGUGUUGGAUCUUGCUAAUGACACCGAGUUCGGACUCAUGGCAGGUGUGUUUACAAGAGAUAUCAAUCGAGCUUUGAGGGUCUCAAGCAAGAUUGAAGCCGGCGUCUGUGGCAUUAAUUGUAUAUCUUACAUGAACAUUCAAGUUCCGUUUGGUGGAAGAAAAGCUUCUGGCAUUGGACGAGAGUUCGGCGAAUAUGUGAGUGCAUUUCUUGUUCGAAGUCUCAUUCAAUAG